UUAUUACGUACGUAUAUUUCUGGUGUUUGGGUUCUGUCCAGUGGUGUCCGUCAGUAGCUUCAAGAAUGGAUAAAAAAUUGGAGACGGAUAACUUGGAAAUGCGUCUUCAGGCGCUGGAGAGUCGUAUACACGGCGAAAGAAGAAAUAAAAGUGGAAAACCUGUCAAGUGUGCAGAGUCUUUGGCAAGGAUUCAGGCAGGUCUGACCAACACAGCCAACAAGAGAGAACGAGUAAAGAUCCUGCACAAGAAGAUUGAGGACCUUGUCAAGUACCUGGACCCCCAGUUUACCGACCACAUCACCGUACCUGAUGCCAUGAAGCUGGAGUUCAUCCUGGCUGAGGAAGACUUCUUGCUUUCUCAGGCGGUUCUGCUGGAGCAAGUGAGCAGCCUGCAGCCACUAUUGGACAGCACCUACAUCAGAGAUGUGCCUGAACACGCCACCAAGUUGCAGCGUCUUUCACAGAUUCACAUCAAAGAGCAGGACCAAACUGAGACUCAGUCAUUGGAAGUGAAAAAGCUUUUUGAGGAAUACAACAAGAUGAUGUUCCUGCUAUCCAAGCAGUUCACCCAAUGGGACGAGACUCUGAGGAAGAUGGAGGAGGCCAAAGGAAUCCGACCUGUGGAGUAGUUACUGUCAGCACACACACACAGGCUUCCGAUGAUGAAGAAGAAGAAGAAGGAGACUGCACUGUGGUGGGAGGUUUUUGAUCAGAUGUAGCUUGUUCUUCUCCACUCAGUCAACAAGAAAGAGACACAAGCAUCACUACAUUUCACAGUUUUUAACUGCUAGUUAAUUUGUUGCCGUUUAAUUAAACCCAUGAUAUAACAUUGUUACCCUUAAAUACCACAAGAGAUGGUUAAAAUUUUCAGAAGUGAACUCAUUCAUUGUAUGUGGUUCAGUGUCUAUUAUUGUAACCCUAAAGACUGAUGAGUCUCCCAGCAGCUGGUUGUGGCGCCCAAACACGAUGAGUAACGCUCAUACAAACCCAGUCAUACAGUCAAACUCAUGUGACUUCCAUCUUCUGGAAAACUGUUCUCCCAUCACCUGACCUGUAGCUCACACAGCUCCUGAGUCGCUGCUGUUAUUUAUUGUCAAGACAACAGAGCUUUUUUAUGCUUUCACAUCGACUUCACUUGUAAUGCAUUCCAACGCUGCCUCCCUUCUGCAAACUGGUCACAAGACUUGUUCUCCUGCUGUUCCCUCACGUCUUCUCCAAGGCUUUAGAUUUGCCCUCUGGAUGCUUCGUGACAUGAUUUGUUAAAUUAGCUUCAGUAUUCUUUUUAAUAUUCUGGUUUUCCAAUGUUAAAUAUGUAUUAUUCAGGAUACAGCAUGACGGUGGUUAAUACAAUAAAUAUUACUCUUUGAAACCUG